UCCUAGGUUGGCCUGGGGAGCAGAGCAGAGUCAUGGGUUCUCUGGUUCUGCCGCUGAGUGCCGUCUUCUGCCUGGUGGCUCAGUCGGCUUCUGGCAGCCCCAUCAUGGGCCUUGAGCAGUCGCCCCUGGAAGAAGACAUGCCUUUCUUUGACGAUAUCUUCACAGAGCAAGAUGGUAUUGACUUUAACACCCUGCUGCAGAGCAUGAAGGAUGAGUUUCUCAAGACGUUGAACCUGUCGGACAUUCCUGUGCAUGACACAGGCAGAGUGGAUCCGCCAGAGUACAUGCUGGAGCUAUACAACAAAUUCGCCACAGACCGAACCUCCAUGCCAUCUGCAAACAUUAUCCGGAGCUUCAAGAACGAAGAUCUGUUUUCUCAACCAGUCAGUUUUAAUGGGCUCCGGAAAUAUCCUCUCCUCUUCAAUGUAUCCAUCCCUCACCACGAAGAGGUCGUCAUGGCUGAACUGAGGUUGUACACACUGGUACAGAGAGAUCGUAUGAUCUAUGAUGGUGUGGACCGUAAAGUUACCAUUUUUGAGGUCCUAGAGAGUGCAGAUGGUAGCGAGGAGGAGAGGAGCAGGCUGGUCUUAGUAUCAACAGAGAUCUACGGAACCAACAGUGAGUGGGAGACAUUUGACGUCACGGAUGCCACCAGACGUUGGCAAAAGUCAGGCCCAUCAACCCAUCAGUUGGAGAUCCACAUUGAAAGUAGACAAAACCAAGCUGAGGACCCAGGACGGGGACAACUGGAAAUAGAUAUGAGUGCCCAGAAUAAGCAUGACCCUUUGCUUGUUGUGUUUUCUGAUGACCAAAGCAAUGACAAGGAGCAGAAAGAAGAACUGAACGAAUUGAUUGCCCAUGAGCAGGAUCUGGACCUGGACUCUGAUGACUUCUUCAGCGGGCCCGAUGAAGAGGCUCUGCUGCAGAUGCGGUCGAACAUGAUCGAUGACUCUUCUACUCGGAUCAGGCGGAACGCCAAGGGGAACUACUGUAAGAAGACUCCACUGUACAUUGACUUCAAGGAGAUUGGCUGGGACUCCUGGAUCAUCGCUCCUCCUGGGUACGAGGCCUAUGAAUGCCGAGGUGUGUGUAACUACCCUCUGGCAGAGCACCUCACACCUACAAAACAUGCAAUUAUCCAGGCCUUGGUUCACCUCAAGAAUUCCCAGAAAGCUUCCAAAGCCUGCUGCGUGCCCACAAAGCUGGAUCCCAUCUCCAUCCUCUAUUUAGAUAAAGGUGUUGUCACCUACAAGUUUAAAUACGAAGGAAUGGCCGUGUCUGAAUGUGGCUGUAGAUAGAAGAGGAGAGGCGUCCUAUUGCUUAUUUAAUAACUACAGAUGUGUAUAUUUUGUGUUCUAUUUAAUAAGACUAUUUAAUGAAGGUGUACAGAUAAUAGAGGUUGCCACCUUAGGGAACUGGACAGGUCAGUGUGCUGUAGGAAAUGUGUAUUUUUCUCUAAAAUCCAGUCCCGUCCAGUUAUCUUCUUUGGACUCUUCUUUCUCAGUGAUACCAUCUCUUAACAACAAAACACAGGCCCGUACUACUUAUGCUUUCUGUCAGUUUGGAAAGAGCAAACCCUGAAGGCAGUAUCAUCAACACACAGAUACUUGUGCACAUUCAUGCAGGUGCACCUGAACUCAGGAAAAUCUUUUUGCUCAACAGAGGCAGACUAUAUUCAACAUGUGAGUGGCUUCCGCCUGAAUGUGUGUGUUAUAGGAUAUGGGAUUUAGGCCAAGAAAGUUCAUAUCAGGAGUUUAACCAUCUAGAGAAGUAUAUUUCCCAAAUGUUCUGGGAAUAUAAAUAUAGUUCUUUUCAAUUGUAUGUGCCAUGGCUCAGAGCAGCAGGCUUGAUGAGGUUCAAGAUGUGGAGAGGGUUGUCAGAAACACAAAACAAAUGACCUUGACAGACAAUGUUCCCAGAGAUACCCUUGCAAAGUAUGGGCCCCAGGGCCAUGUACUCCUGAGGACAGUGCCUGGUCAAGAAAGGUGGGGGGAAAGGCCUUUCAGGACUGGCACUCCCUUAGUCAACAAGAGGCAAGGCCACAUGUGCCACCCCUUAGUGUUACAAAGGGCCAUGGAGGUGGU